AUGCUUUGGUUGGUGCUUUUCGCGUACUGGCUGCAAAUCGUGGCCUGUGACUACCUCAAAUGGCACUUUACUCUCGACUGGGUGGUUCGAGACCCUGCUGGCCAUGGUCCCCGGCCGAUGAUUGGCGUCAAUGGCCAGUGGCCGCUCCCCACACUAUGGGCUACCGAGGGAGAUACUAUUGAAUUGACGGUGGUAAAUCUCUUGAAUGAAUCAUCAACAGUUCACUUCCAUGGGAUCCAUUUCCGAGGGUCUAAUGAGAUGGACGGGGCGCUGAUGGUGACCCAGUGUCCCAUCACUCCUGGAGGACUGUACACUUAUAAGUUUCAAGUGAACCAGCUGGGGACGUAUUGGUAUCACAGCCACUUAAUGACUCAAUACGGUGAUGGUCUCCGCGGAGUAUUCAUCGUAAGACCCAAAGAAGCCAUUCCAAACCUUAAAUUUGAUGAGGAAGCGGUCAUGUCGCUCACUGACUACUACCAGUGUCUUCUGGAAACUUGUCUACAGGAAGUUCAAGACGGGUACCCCAUAAAGGAAGACCCUGUCGCUGUUCUUAUGAAUGAAAUGGCGGAAUAUAAGUGGCAAGUUGAAGCUAAUAAGACUUACUUGGUUCAUUUGGCGAAUAUGGCGGUGGAAGCAGGCCGAUACUUAUACAUUGAGGACCACAAUUUGACGGUGGUUGAGGUCGACGGCAACUGGGUGGAACCACGAACGGUUGAGUUUAUCCACACUCUACCGGGACAAAGAGUGUCUUUCCUAGUACAAACCAAGGAAAAUGCCAAUGUCAACUUUAUGAUUGGGGUGUAUAUUGAUCCGCAGACGAUUAAUGUCCCCGUAAACGGUACCAACCAGACCCACUGGAUGGUCUACAAUCCCCUGGCCCCCACCAGCAAGAGUAUUCCAGUUGUUGAUGCCUUUGACGAUGUGUUUGACGACUCGAUGAUUGCUCCACUUACACAGACUCCAUUGCUUCCUCAGCCGAAUAUCACGAUAAAUCUUGAGGCUAAUUCGGUAUUUCGCUCCUGGGCUAAUAGUAGUUCUCAUUCAACUAAAGUGGAAACCGUAUGGCAAACUUUCAAUAACCAUACCUACCUGGCUCCUAAAGUGCCGACACUCCAAACUGCUUUGAGUGCCCCCAAUAAUUUGAAAUUAAACCCUAAAAUAUACGGGCUGUGUGUCAUUCCUUACGUGCUUCCCUUAAAUUCCGUGGUGGAAUUGAGGUUUGAAGGACUCGAUGAUUUGACCCAUCCGAUGCACGGUCAUGGCCAUAGCUUUCAAAUUGUGGAAAAGAAUGGGGUAUAUUAUAAUCAAAGUAAUAUCCCCUUGAGGGAUACGGUUGGUCUAGAGCCUCAAAGUACGUUGACCCUUCGUUUUAAAGCGGAUAACCCAGGAGUAUGGCUCUUCCAUUGUCAUCUAGAGUACCAUAUGGAUAUGGGCCUUGGGUUAACGUCUAUCGAAGCCCCCGACCAAUUACGGGUACACAGUACCAAGGAGGAUGAGAGGAACUGUAAACAAUUAGGGACCCCUAUGGUGGGUAACGUCGCUGGCUUUACCAAUGAUUGGACCAACGACCGAGGGUACUGUAAGGAACUAUGGGAGCAAUAA